UGUAUGCUCAUCAGUCACUCAGAUUUCAGGAAGUGUGUGUGUGUGUUUACGUCGAGUCCUCGGAAUGUGAAGAGUUCAAUGACAAUGUUAAGCUCUCUGAGUGUGUAGGGCAAUGGGGAAUACGGAAAGCGCUGUGGUGCAGAAGCGGAUGGUCCGGUUUCGGCCGGAGGAAAGGCCGGUUGUGGAGCGGGUGUUCGACCAACUACUAGAAGCCGGUUCUGGAAAUGCGCCGGGGUCUUCCGGGAAAGUCCUUACGCUGGAUGCACUGAAGGUGUGCGUGGCGGGCGUGGCCCCAGAGUCCAUGACGGUGCGGCUGUUUCAGGCCAUGCGGAGCGUUGACCCGGGAGGGACAGCGCCCCCUGGUGGUGGCGUGAGUCGGGAGCAGCUGCUGGUGUUUCUGGCGGACGUGCUCCGCGGCACCGCGGAGGAGCGUGCACCCCUCGUCAUGGCGAUGGCACGUAGGGAGGGAGAGGCCACUGUCACGGCCGACCAGGUCCGAGAGUUUGUGGAGGACCUAGUCUCAGCUGUUGUGCAGAUCCUGACCAGCAGGGGGCGCCGGGAGGGCUGGAGGCCGGACCGCAUGGGGGACAGCGCACAAGGGGUUAAACUGCUGGCUGAGCAGAUGAGCUCCGAACUGAAGCUCACAGAUGAGCGCUCCUGCGACGUGCCCUGCCUGGAGGACUGGCUGUUUCGCGUGUCGGGCGUGGCUCUGUACCUGGAGCUGGUGACCAGCGAGGGCCUGGGGGUGCGGCUCCCCUCCCGGCCGCCCCUCCCCCUCCUGCCCUCGUGCGGCCCCGCCCCCUGGGACGAGCUGCGGUCCCUGCUGGACCUGCCCCUGCUGCUGUUCCUCUACCCCCAGCUGCCGGCCCAGAGCGGCGCCCCCUGGAGGCUGCUGUUCUCCACGCGGCUGCACGGGGAGAGCUUCACGCGGCUGGUGGGCUGCUGCGCCCGCCGCGGCCCCACCCUGCUGCUGCUGCGCGACUCCGACGGGCACCAGUUCGGCGGCUUCGCCUCGCAAAGCUGGGACACCAAGCCGCAGUUCCAGGGGGACUCUAGGUGCUUCCUGUUCUCAGUGUUUCCCACACUGCGGGUGUACACCUGCACUGGAUACAACCAGCACUACAUGUACCUGAACCAGGGACAGCAGACCAUGCCCAACGGCCUGGGCAUGGGCGGGCAGCACCACUACUUCGGCCUGUGGCUGGACAGCGAUUUCGGGAAGGGCCACAGCCGGGCGCGUCCGCGCUGCACCACGUACGGCAGCCCUCAGCUCUCGGCCCAGGAGAACUUCACCGUGGAAACCCUGGAGGUUUGGGGCGUGGGAGACCCCCCAGAGGAGCAACAGGCCCAGGGGAAGCGGAGUGUCUUGGACGCCGAUCCUGAGACUCAGGCUAUAAUGGAGAUGACAGGAAAGACCCUCCACAGCCAGGGCCUCCGAGAGCCAGAAGAGGAGGAGCUCUGAGAUAAGGGGAGGGGCUCUGAGAUAAGGGGAGGGGCCUCUGAAAGAAUGGGUGGGGCUCAGAUAAGGGGAGGGGCUCUGAGAGAAUGGGUGGGGCUAUAGGUAGGGAAGUGCUUACGGCCCCACUCAAACAUUCAAAUUGUUUCUGAAGGUUUGCUGUGUUGGUAGUCAACAGUGCUGACUGUUACAAACAUAUGAAGUUCUUUUAUGAGAUAAGCACAUAUUUCUCAGUAUUUUCAGGUAAUUAUGCAUUUAAUUCAUACUCUUCUGACAGCGGUGUAGCAGAGUGGUUUGGUUCCUGUUGUGUGGAUCUGGUUUCUCGUUGAGAGUGUAAUUAUAUUGUACCAGUAAAAGAGUUGAAUCUGGGA